CUCCAAUUGCAAUUGACCUGGGGCAGGCGCUUCAUUAAUUUCUAAAACGCUCGAGAAGAAGCUGCCUGUCUCGAUGCAUUAAUUCUCAGGCAUUGUGCUUUAUAAUUGAUCUCUAAUUCCGAAACCCACCUGCGCAGUCGCGAUUCAGCUUUCUAGCGAUCAUCUAUUCGACAUCAGGCAUCAUGGCACCAUCAGCCACCAGCACAGAAUGGGACCACCAGUUCCAUACUUUGCGUCGCCAGGAUCUAUUCCGCAAUCCUCCAACCGACCAUUCCGCCUAUCCUGCUCUCCAGUUAGCAGUCAAUCCUCACAUUGAGUCGUUCAACGCCAUUUUCCGCGGUGAUGGAAAGCCCGGCCUUCUUGCGCAUGGCCUGGCGGAUAUUGGGACAAAAGUUUUCCUCGACGGCAACGACCGCGCUGGCCCAGAAGGCAAAAACCGCCUGAAUAUUCGAAUCAAGGAGGUGACCCUGCAGAAGCCGCAGGUGCCGCCAUCCAAUAAGCUAGCCUUGAACAGAGAAAUUUUCCCUGCUGAAUGCAGAGAGAGACAUGCUACCUACAGAGGAAAGCUCUCCGCAACAUUCGAGUAUAGCAUUAAUGGCGGCGACGCCGUCGAAUUCACCCGAGAGCUUGGUCAGGUUCCUAUCAUGAUCAAGUCAAACAGGUGCCAUCUCGAGAAUAAUUCGCCAGCUUUGCUGGUCCAACGCAAAGAAGAAUCCGAAGAACUUGGUGGAUACUUUAUUGUCAACGGUAAUGAGAAGAUUAUCCGUCUGCUGCAAGUGAAUAAACGAAAUUUCCCCAUGGCUAUCAACCGUCCGAGUUUCACAAACCGAGGUGCCGGAUACACCACGUACGGUAUCAUUCUUCGAUCAGUCAGACCCGAUGAAACCUCUCAAACGAAUGUGCUGCAUUAUUUGAAGGAUGGAAAUGUGACAUUCAGGUUUUCAUGGCGCAAGAACGAGUACCUCAUUCCCGUCAUCAUGAUAUUGAAGGCUUUGGUGGAGACCAAUGACAGGGAAAUCUUCGAGGGUCUUAUUGGACCCAUGGGCUCUAAAGCAGCCAGUAACACUUUCCUCACAGACAGAGUAGAACUCCUGUUGAGAACAUACAAAGCCUACCGCCUCUACAGCAAGUCAGAGACUCGCGCCUACUUGGGUCAAAAGUUCAGGGUUGUCUUGGGAGUGCCGGAAACAAUGUCAGAUUAUGAGGUGGGAACUGAGUUCCUGCGCAGAAUUGUUUGUGUCCACCUGGGUAAUGUCGAUGUCACGGAGAAGCAAGAUCUGGACAAGUUCCACAUGGUUCUGUUCAUGAUUCGAAAGCUCUACGCUUUGGCUGCAGGUGAAUGCGCCGUCGACAAUCCCGAUGCUAUUCAGAACCAGGAAAUUUUGCUUGGUGGAUUCCUCUACGCACAGAUUUUGAAGGAGAGGCUUGAUGAAUUUCUCGGAACGAGCGUCCGCAGCGCUAUUCGAGACUAUCUGAGAAGGCACCCGGCCGUAAACUUCACCUCUGAAGAGUUCAAAAAGGAAUUUCCGGGUGGCAUCUUCAGAAAGUCGAAUGAAAACAUUGCCAAUGGCCUCGAAUACUUCCUAUCCACUGGUAAUCUAGUCAGUCCUUCUGGUCUUGAUUUGCAACAAACGGCCGGCUUCACGGUAGUGGCAGAAAAGCUUAACUUUUUGCGUUUCAUCAGUCACUUCAGAAUGGUUCACCGUGGUGCUUUCUUCGCCCAGCUGAAGACAACUGCCGUGCGUAAGUUGCUGCCGGAAUCUUGGGGCUUCAUGUGCCCUGUCCAUACGCCCGAUGGUUCUCCUUGUGGUUUGCUCAAUCACAUGACACACAAGUGUAAGAUUAUGACUGACCAUGUCGACGUGUCCAACAUUCCCGCGCUUGUUGCCGAGCUGGGUGCUGUGGAAACAUCAUCUGCCUCCACUGAUGAGAGCGUUGUUGUUAUGAUGGAUGGCAAGGUUAUCGGAUGGUCCACUCCGAAGGAGUCCCUCCGAAUCGCAGAUUGCUUGAGAUACUGGAAAGUUGAGGGCACGCACAGAGUGCCUCUGCAGCUUGAGAUUGGCUACGUACCUCCAUCAAACGGUGGAUCAUAUCCCGGUCUCUACCUGUCAUCAACUCCAGCCAGAAUGGUGCGCCCCGUCAAAUAUCUGCCUUUACAGAAGGAAGACUUUGUGGGUCCCCACGAACAGCCCUACAUGUCAAUCGCCGUCGUUCCGCAGGAGAUUGAAUCUGGAGUAUCGACACACGUUGAAUAUGAUCCGACCAAUAUGCUUUCUAUUCUUGCCAACAUGACCCCGUUCUCAGACUUUAACCAAUCCCCACGAAACAUGUAUCAGUGUCAGAUGGGUAAGCAAACUAUGGGAACGCCUGGCACGGCUAUUCGCCACCGAACAGACAACAAGUCAUAUAGGAUACAGACGGGUCAGACGCCCAUCGUUCGUGCACCUCUUCACAAUACGUAUGGCUUCGAUAACUUCCCCAACGGUAUGAACGCCGUUGUAGCGGUCAUUUCCUAUACCGGUUACGACAUGGACGAUGCUAUGAUCAUCAACAAGUCCGCUCAUGAGAGAGGCUUUGGCCAUGGUACAGUGUACAAGACCAAGAAGAUAUCGCUAAAGGACGACUCCAGAACGAGAGCCGCUAAGAGCGUUGUCAAGAUGUUCGGUUUUGCCCCUCACAGCUACGUUAGCGCCGCGUAUCAGGGCAUGCUGGAUGACGAUGGCCUGCCUCACGUCGGCCGAAUGGUGAAGGAGGAUGAUGUUUUGUGCGCAUGGCACACAGUCACGCCGGAUUACAACGGAAACUUGGUCAACCUUGAUGGAAUUACCCACUAUGAGAAAUACAAGGACUCCGAAAUGGGCUUUAUCGAGGAAGUCCGACUAAUCGGUGCCGAGUCCGGCUCUGAGCCCCUGCAGACCAUUUCAAUCAAGAUUCGAAUCCCUCGCUCUCCCAUCAUUGGUGACAAAUUCUCGUCCAGACACGGACAGAAGGGUGUCUUGUCGCAGAAAUGGCCGGCUGUGGAUAUGCCCUUUUCAGAAACGGGUAUCCAGCCUGAUGUCAUUAUCAACCCCCACGCCUUCCCAUCUCGAAUGACAAUUGGUAUGUUCGUGGAGUCGCUUGCCGGAAAAGCUGGUGCUCUGCAUGGACUGGCGCAAGAUUCUACUCCAUUCAGAUUUGACGAGCAGAACACGGCAGCCGACUACUUUGGACACCAGCUGAUGAAGGCUGGAUUCAACUAUCAUGGAAACGAGCCAAUGUACUCUGGUAUUACUGGAGAGGAGCUCGGCGCCGACAUCUACAUCGGCGUGGUCUACUACCAGCGUCUGCGUCACAUGGUCAACGACAAGUAUCAAGUCCGAACCACCGGUCCAGUCGUGCCCACGACAGGCCAGCCCAUCAAGGGCAGAAAGAGAGGUGGUGGUAUCCGUGUGGGAGAAAUGGAGCGUGAUGCCUUGUUGGCUCACGGCACAGCCUUCUUGCUGCAAGACAGACUGCUCAACUGCUCAGAUUACACCAAAUCGUGGAUUUGCCGUCGCUGUGGAUCAUUCUUGUCUGUGCAACCAACUGUCUCUCAAUUUGCGCCGGGAAAGAAGAAGGCCCCAAGCAUGGUCCGUUGCCGAAACUGUGCCAUCAAGUUGGACGACAGCGAGGGCAUCGACCUCACAGAGAUCCAGGGCGAGAUUUGGGAAGAUGGCCAGGGCAACUGCUGGGUUGGCGGCGAUCAAACGACGCAGGUCGUGGUCCCGGGUGCGCUCAAGUUUUUGGAUGUCGAGCUGGCAGCCAUGGGUGUCAAGCUAAAAUACAGGAUAGAUCGGUCAGACGAGCCUCGCAAGGGGCCAAUGAAGCCGCUAAAGCAGAUUUCCAUUGGAGCUUAGUUGGAUGUUUUGAGACAAAAAGGAUUGAGAUUUGGAUGAGACACAAAAUGGGGUUGUAUAUAAUUUGGCUGGUUGGUGUUGACUGCAUUAGUAAGAUAUUAGAUGCAUAUUUGAGCAAUUUGAUAAGAAUAUAUUGGG